CAAAAACGAUCUUCGAGAUGCAAUUGUUGCUGGCUUUUGUACUGCUGCUCGGCCUCUCAGUUUCGGCCACUAAGGAGCCGGAAGAAGUUAAAAUUGCCGGCGAGUGUGCCAAGGAAAACCAUGUUAUUAAGAAGGAGGCACUUGACCUUUUAAUGAGCUACCGCUUGAAGAAGAUAACCCACAACGUCAUGUGCUUCAUAAACUGCAUGUUCGAGCGAACCAACACGCUGCAGAAAGUGAAGGAGAAAGUUGCAAAGGAAAAUCACAACUGCGACUCCAUCAAGGACGCUGAUAAGUGUGCAGAAUCCUUCCAAAAAUUUCAAUGCUUGGUUAAGAUUCAGAUGAAAUGGAGAGGAUAGAAUCCUUUCUAGAUCCAGCAAUAAACGAACUUCAAUUGUAUUGGAACAUA